CCUCGUCCUGCUCGUCUGACGGACUCAGUGUCAUGACGCUUUCUCCUUAUAUCAGCCCUUUGCUGGACGUGUUGUAUUAAACGUUAUAUUUCCCUAAUAUAAAUAGUGACCCUGAAGCUGUUUUUGGUGAGCUUCACCCGCUGCAGUUAAAGGUGCUGUAAAAAGAGGCCGUGUGCAGAAGAUGAGCAGUGAACAGAGUGUGUUACACCAUGAACAUCAGCACACAGCCCCCUCACACCCUCAGCGGAGACACGACCCUCAGCUGCGUGCUGGUGCCCGUCCUCGUCCUCUCUGUCCUGGGGAGCGUCGCAGCAGUGGUGAUGUACAUAAAGAGGAGACAGAGGAUCGAUAGACUGCGGCAUCAGCUGCUUCCAGUUUACACUUACGACCCGACCGAAGAGCUGAACGAGGCAGAACAGGACAUCCUUUGGAAAGAGGAAGACACAAAGGUGGUGCAGGGUUGGAUGAGGACGUAUCAGCAGCGCAGAUCCCUGACCUCAAAGGAUCCUGAAGCAUUAAAAUCAAGAUUCACAAGAUGGGAAGUUCCUGACUGAUUUCCCCAAAGAGCUUUAGUGUCAGGAGAGCGCUCCAGGAGACUGCAGACGCGUAUCAUUCACCUCGGGAUGGUCCGGCUGAAGCACAGCUUUACUGUCUGAAGAGCAAGCAGGAUGUUAAUUCACCACUGUGUUCGUUUUUAUUUAUUUUAGCUGUAUGUUUUCUGCUGAUGUUCUGUGCUAUUAAAUCCUGUUCAUUUUA